AUGGAUUCUUCUGAACAGAAUAUAACUGGUAGUCCCCAACAGAAGUUUGACGCUGUCCUGCAGUGGAUACUAAACAGCAACAAGGAUUUAGGAAUAUGGUUGAAAGGCAGAGACCCUUCAGAACCAGUUACCAAAGUGGCGGAAGUGUUCUGUCUUGAAUCAGCCCAUCCUCAGAUGGGGCUUGGCUGCCGUUUCCGUCGGGCAGUGGUCACUGCCAUUGUGAACCUUUUCCUGUUUUUCUGGAGUCUGGUAACUCUUUGGGGGAUCCUGAUCUUCCUUCGAUAUCGCUGGAGGAAGAUGGAGGAGGAGGAACAAGCCAUGUAUGAAAUGGUGAAGAAGAUCAUAGCUGUUGUCCAGGACCACUAUAAGGAAUGGGAACGGAAUUUGGAGCGUUACCCCUAUGUUGGCAUUUACCACGUUCGGGACAGCCUCAUUCCUCCUCAAAGCAGGAAAAAAAUGAAGCGGGUCUGGGAGAGAGCUGUGGACUUUCUGGCUUCAAAUGAGUCACGCAUUCAGACAGAGUCGCACAGAGUAGCAGGAGAAGAUAUGCUUGUGUGGAGAUGGACUCAGCCUUCUUACGUCUCGGAUUCAGAGCACUGAAGAGGAGCAGAAGUUGAGCAACUGUUGAUAUGGACCUCUGCAAGGGGACAGUCCCUUCUCUGGUGGUGGGAAAGAGCAGGUUGUGGUCCUAGUCUCCUAGGGUUGGGGAUUGCACUUAUCUGUUUGCUCUUCUUUCUGAAAAUCUUCAUACAACAAAAAUUCAGGGCAAUAACGUUGGCUUGGAAAGAAGAUGGGCUUGAGCUGGUGGGAAGCUAGCCUUGCACCAAAGUUAGCCUUCCAGCAGGUAUCUGGCUUCCGUAGACAAGCAAACCUAGAACAACUUUUUAAAAA